UUCCGCCCCUGUUUCUUUGCUUUCUCUCCGGUAGGAUCUGGUUUGGUUCAUGGCCGCUGCAGCAUCGGCGCUUCAUUUACAUUCAUUUAACGUGUGUGUUUGGUGUAAAACAGCAGAAUUAAAGAAUGAAGCUUUUGUGUCUAAAGAGACAUUUAAUAUUCUGGACAGGGUCGAACGAGUUUAAAACCCCUCAGAUCCACAUCAGACCGGCCCAUCAUCAUCGUCAUCAUCAUCAGUCUGGAUCAGCUGGAGUUUAGCUGAUAAACCCUCUGAUCUCAGCAUCAUCGGUAACGUGUCUGGAGAUCGUCAGCAGCCGGGGUUUUUCUGUUUCUCAGAGGGCGAGUGGAGGAAGAGAGAGAGGGAGAGACACAGAUAGACGUCUAUCUUUCUCUCUCUCUCUCUCUCUCUUUUCCUUCUCUCUUCACCAGCAGACGGAUGAGAGCGUAACAAUGACAUCAUCCUCUUCCCCGCUGGCCUCCCCAUCCCCAUGCCCUCCUCCUCCUCCAUCCAUCCCGUCCUCUCCCACGCAGUCAUCUCCUGCCCCGUCCAGCCUCCCCCUGCCUCCCUCCCUGCCACCCACCGGAGAGGUGAUGGUUCUGGCUUUGGGCCGUAAGAAGCAAUGGCUCCUCGUCGCCCUCUCUAUACUGCCCAUCCUCUUCCUGUCCUUUCUGCUGUCCUCUGACCCGCUCCUGACCCUAAUGUCACCCUUCCGCUGCCAUCUGCCAGGACCCUCGCCAGCUCCUCGGGCGCUCAAUGCUUCGUUACGGGCUGAGAAAGGAGACGAGGGUCUUGACCAGUGCAAACAGUACGUGUUUGUCAAUGGCACACCGUCUGGUCUUACAGACUGUAAGGCCGGGUUCGACUACAAUGUCACGGAGGGACUCCGGAAUAAUAUUGUCACAGAGUGGGAUCUGGUGUGCACACGCUAUUGGGUGGUUCCAGUAGAGGCGGUUUGCUUCAUACUGGGUGUCCUGACUGGCAGUCUGGGAUUGGGCUACAUGUCUGACCGGAUAGGCAGGCGUAAGUCUCUUCUGGUCUCUCUGACGCUCGCGGUGGUUUUUGGUGUGCUGGCGUGUGUCUCACCCUCACCGCCUGUCUUCAUCACCAUGCGUUUCUGUCUCGCUGCGGCGAGCACCGGUGUCUAUCUCACGCUAUAUGUCACACGUCUGGAGCUUUGUGACCCUUCACUGCGACUGUUGGCAACGAUGAUGUCUGGACUGACGAUGUUUGCGGGUGAACUUUUGCUGUUGGGUGUCGCUCUCGGGUGUCAGUCCUGGAGGGGGCUGUUAGGAACUGGAGCUGUUCCUCUGUCAUUGUUCCUGUGCUAUGGGAUCCCGGGAGUUUUUCCAGAAUCGCCGCGGUGGCUGCUGCUCUCUGAGCGGACGGGAGACAUGAAUUCCUUCAGCGAGCGACAGAGAGAUGACGUCAGCUUCUCGGAGCUGGACACAGGUUCAUCCUCAUCUCCUAGACGUCCUCUCCUGUCCUUCCCAGAGCUGCUACACAGCAGAAACAUCUGGAAAAAUCUCUGUGUGCUUGGAUUCACAUCGUUCAUCGCUCAUGGCAUCAGUCACUGCUACAGUUCAUUCAGAGGCGACGUCAGAGGCAUCGUCCCUAGUUUCUAUUGGACGUACAUGCUGUCUGUAUGUGCAGGGGGCGGGGCCUGGCUGUUGCUCUGGGCAACGGUGGACAGGUUUGGUCGUCGUGGAAUUCUUCUUCUUGCCAUGACUUUGACCGGAUUGGCCUCAUUAAUCCUGCUCGGUCUCAUGGACUAUUUGAGUGAGUCUGCCAUGACUGUGUUCUCUGGAAUGGGCCUGUUCUCGUCUCAAGCGGCUGCGUCUCUCUCCAUCCUCUUCACCGCUGAAAUCAUGCCCACCGUCAUCAGAGGAAGUGGCGUUGGAGCCGUAAUGGCGCUGGGUUGCGUGGGCCGCCUCAGUUCUCCCCUCAUGGAUCUGCGCAAUCACCGCGGCUACUUCCUGCAGCACGUGGUCCUCUCCUCUUUGGCUCUGCUUGCGGUCUUAUCCAUCCUGCUUCUUCCUGAGAGCAAACGCAAACCACUUCCACAGACACUGGCGGACGGAGAGCAGUACCGGCGCCCCCCGCUGGUCAGGAGGAGGCGAGACAACGUUCCUCUACUCGCUACACCCAACCCAGAGACCUAGCCCUCAGCCUUCAGCCACAAACCUUGGAGUUGCGCUCGCUUACCUUUAACUUCUUAGUCCUAGAACGGGUCAAUGGAGGCGUCACACGUGGACUCUGUCUUGAAGCGUGAGAGGUGAAAGGUCCCGCGUAGAGUACGCAAACGCUCCACCUAGUCACAGUGCACAGUGGUACAAACCAUAAGUUAAUAGUUUCGAAAUCUGACCCAUGUACUGUAGCAUCCAGUGACUUCUUAGAACAGACUAUAUCAGACUUCACAGAGACAAGGGCUCAAAUCACAAAGGUCAUUAUCAAACAUAUUUAUCUUCUCUCAACAAAAAACAAGGUUUAAGUUCUCACUCGUGAUGGAAGAGGAAAGGAAUAUCUUCUUUUUAUUUGUUGUUAUUGCUGCUCAGAAUGGCAGGAUUGUUAGGAAUGGACUGCCGAGUAUUUUUGAGGUUCCUCCACGUGAAGAAUUCUUAAGCUACGUACACACUCCAUACCAUUCCUUUUCAAUGAGAGCACAGCGACUUCCGGCGACACGAGCUGUCGCGACCGUUGGCGACUAGAUGUGGGCGUGUCCAGCGAUGCAACAAAGUUGAGACAAGUUCAACUUUAUUCAAAUGAAGAGCGACUUACGGAAGCGACAGCCAAUAGGAGAGAAGACGGGAGAGCUCACUUGAUCCUUCUCUCUCUCUCUCAGCUCCUGCAGUAACGGAAAUAUGGAUGAAAGGCUAAUUCUUGCUGUUAGCAAUUUUCCAGUGAUCUAUGAUAUGGAUAUGGUAUAUCCAGCCGCAGCUCUUGCACCAGCCGGUGGUACUCGCCGUGCUGACUCCGAGAUUGUAUGGUUUUGUGGACCCAGACAGACCGGCGUUUGCGUUUUUGCCGCAGAUAAACAGCCGCUAUGGCAAACAGCACGCCUUGUUUCUCGUUCAUCUUUGAUAUAAAGCAUUUAAUGUACUGAUUCCAUUUAUAUUUAGUCUUUUCCCUCCAAAAUGUUUGCUUUUAGCGCCAAGAAAAGCGAUUUGCUGUCAAGAGCAACGGAAUGACAUCCGUGAAUAUCAUUUAUAAACGUUACUAGGCAACCAGUAGUGGGAACGCCCACUAGCGACUUCACGGCCAGCCACUGGCGACCUGCAGCGACAAAGUCUCUGGCAGUGUGUACGCAGCUUUAAUCAGGACUCCGAUUAAUCAAUGCUGGACUGAAACAUGAGAUGAGAAAUGUUUGACUCAUAUUUAACCUUUUCCAAAUGACCCUCUUGGUUUCAGACAGUUAUAUUCCCGUGUUCUCCAUUUCUUAUCCGUAAAUAUCAAGCUUUUUGAAAUCCACGAGGACAAAAGCUGUCAGAUGGUACUCUUGUUCAUUACGAUGUUGAAACAGGAUUGUCUAAUAUCUAACUCACAUCUUUGCCUUUCCUUCCUCUUCCUGUUGCAUUUUCCGACUAUGAGAAAAGGAACACGGUAAACACGAGUGAUGUUGCUUUCUCUCGUUAGCACCUCUUUGUGUUAGGUCCUUACAAAUGCACUUAAUAGUUUUUAUUACUACAAUAUUAAAUUAUAAUAGUAAUAAUGUGACGAUUGCUCAAGAAUUACCAAGUAAUAACUAACGAUGCUGUAAUUAUACUAAUAAAUAUUUAACCGACAUUAAAAAUAAAAUGUGGUCAAAUGAUUACAGGUCAUGUGUGAUUACGUU